GUUUUAUUCAAUUUUAGAGUUGAUGAUACUCUUCACGAUUGAACAUUGUAUUCUAUGUUAAACCCAGGUAAUUGUAGGAAUGAUUUGUGAAUGUGCAAAAACAAAGUUCUUUAUAAUCUAUGAAAGACCACAUAUAGAAUUCCGUAUAUUCCAUUUUACCUGACCGUCAAACAACGUUUUAAUAAUUGGUUGUGCGAAAUUACCUCCUGUUCAAUUGCUCUUUCAACAAUUGACCAUUCAAAUUUGACCUCGAAUUGUCUCUUGAACACGAGGAUAUAGAACAUGAUAUUCGGCAACAAGGUUGCGACUGCGUCAUUUGACCAGCUGGCACCAGGUGGGAUUAGGAUUAUAUAUAAUCAGCCACAACAUGCGAUUCUAAGCGACCACAGAAAUAUUCCCCAAGAAGACAUAAAAUUUUUCUGCAACUCAUCUCAGACGCUUUUUCCACAACACACAGUUCUGAGUGAACGCAAAUUCGGCAAAGACUACGGAAAGAUAUUUAAAUGUUCUUCUUGUGACCGAACUUUCACCUCCAGAUCAGGGUUAUGGUACCAUGUACAACUUGUUCACGAAGUACAAAAUUAUCCAUGUGAUCAGUGUUCAAGAACCUUCAGAUUAAAACAAUAUCUUAUUGCACAUAUCCAACAAGUUCAUGAAAAGAGAUUAGCUAAAUGUGAAAUAUGUGGCACAACGUUCGCCUCAUUGGGUAAUUUAAAGAAACAUGAAAAAAGUAUACAUGGAGGGAGAUUAUUCGACUGUCCUUCUUGUGAUCGUUCCUUCACCUCACGAUCCGGUUUAUGGUAUCACAUUCAUCUUGUCCAUGAUGUCCAGUCAUUUCAGUGCGAUGUAUGCUCCAGAACAUUUGCAUUGCGAGUUUAUCUUCAUGCUCAUGUACAACAGGUUCAUGGAAAGAGGAUGGUCAAAUGUGAACAAUGUGGCGAUUUCUUCUUGUCUGGAAGCAUUUUCAGAAGACAUCAAGAAACUCGACAUAAAGGUAUGAAAAUCUCACCACAACAGUAUAAUUCCCCGGUUCCACGAAAAACGAAUAAAUUGAGACCUCCUUUAGGUCGGUUGAUAUUCAAAUGUGCUAGCUGUAACAAAUCUUUUGCUUCCAGAUCUGAUGUAGCAAUACAUUACAAACAUGUACACGCUGGUAAGUACACUGCGACUAUCCAUCCAUAUACAAUUGAGUCAUAACUCAUCAAUUCUGUAGGUACAUUAUUCAUUUUUAUUAAUCGAAUACCAAAAGGUUAAAAAUAAAUACAUGUUUUUAACAUCCAACGGAUACCGUUUGUCACUUAACUGUUGGACUGUAUAUGUCAUCAUAUACCGAGAUAGAUUUAUUUUCUGAAUGUGCUGUUCUCUUUAUUCUAUAUUCCGAAGAGCUAAUAAAUUAAUAUUAUUUUUCACAAAAAGUCUCAGUAACAGGACACCAAAGUUUUUUUUACUUAGUCAGUGUAACUAUAAGGCUGGGGUUUUUCAUUUCCAAGGCUGGCAACUCAAUGACUCUAUUCAUUGACUGUAGUUCUCUUCAUUUUAUUCAUUACUUCAGUAUUUAAAAGGAAAUCUCUCUGUUAGUUAAAUCCGUGUCUUAUACCUUGCAAACUCUUCAUUUUGAAUUGUAUAAUUAAAUAAUUGUAUAUUGGUCAAUAGACAGAUUUCUGCAUUACAGUUUUAUUAUGCACAAUAUUGGGGAAUUUAUAUCUCUAUCCUUCACAAACAAAGCGAUAAUUGACUCCAACCCUGUUAUGGUGUUACGUUUUGAAGGACCAGCACCCAACUAUGAACGUAUUGUUUACUUUCUUAUUUACAGUCACUAGACUUAAAGAUUUUAUCACGUUAUUGCUUUUAAUGAUUAGUAGAGAUCGAGUCAGUAUUGGAAGGUUAUUCCAUUCUUAUUUUCCGCUUGACAUUUGAUGAGAUCUCUCAUAAAACCUUCAGGGCUUGUAACCACUUUAUUACCUGUUCAGUGGAUAGCCUGUCUCCACUAUUCAACUUCAGUUAGUUUAUACUCAUUAUCAGCCUUAUGGUUUACUGUUGUACACUCAAAAAUCAUUUAAACAGAUUGCAUGGAGAAACUGACGUCAAUGCGAACCAUAAAUCAUUAAGUUGAAAAGUAUUUGACUUUUAGUUUGUAUAAUGUAUUUCAUGCAUCAAGUAAAGUGUUAUUCACGUCAUUUUAUUACGUAUCAUCUUAUUUGUAGCUAAAUUAAUUAAGUGCGCUGA